AUGGGUCGCGCGACGCGCUGCGCGGAGUGGUUUGUCCCUGCUCUGCUGUUUUCGGUGCUACUAGUUGCUCUUCCCAGCUUCGGUACUGCCCAAUCGGAACAUAUCCGAACCAAGGCCGAGGAACCGCUUCCGUUCGUCGUUCUCCACGGCCUCGGCGAUGCGUGCUCGAACGGCGGCAUGGGUAACUUCGUGUCACUGCUAACGUCGCUGUCGUCCGCCAACGGAUCGUGCGUAGAGGUGGGGCGAGGAGCGAGCGACAGUUGGCUGAUGAGGCUGGACAAGCAGACUGAGCAGGCAUGCAGCAAGUUGCGAGCCAUGCCCCACUUGGCACGCGGUUUCAACCUCGUCGGCCUCUCCCAGGGAGGUCUGAUUGCUCGGGCCCUCAUCCAGUCAUGCGACGGCCUGCCACCCGUGCACUCCCUGGUAUCCAUUGGAGGGCCGCAGGCUGGAGUUGCUUCCACGCCUCAGUGUGUGCUGCAUGCAGUGUGUCAGCUCAUAGACUCGGUUCUGGAGUUUGGUAUCUACUCUGACAUGGUGCAGAACCUGGUCGCACCAUCAGGCUACGUCAAGAUUCCUACGGACAUAUCGGGGUACCUGGCAGGGUGCAAGUACCUGCCGCACGUCAACAACGAGCUCGCCUCCUGCCGCAACGCCACCUAUGCUGAUCGCAUGCGCUCUCUGCAGCGCGUGGCACUCAUAAAGUUCACAGGAGACACAGUGCUCUACCCACCGGAGACCGCCCACUUUGGCUUCUUCGCCCCCAAUGACUUCAACAAAAUUCUUCCCAUCAAUGAGACUCAACUGUACAAGGAGGACUGGGUGGGGAUGAAGUGGCUGGUGGAGGCCGGACGAGUGGACUUCGUAUCCGUGCCUGGGAACCACCUGUGGCUCACUCGAGGCGUCAUUGAGAAGCAUGUUGUGCCGUACCUCAAACCGGCUGGUGGGGCGAGCAGCAUGUGA